GCAAGAUGGCGGCGCGGGGAGCGCUCGGGGCCGUGUGCCGACGUCUCUGGCAGGGUUCGGGGGAUUUUUUUAUAAACAGUUCUAAGAGCAGUACAUCGAAAAAUUGUGGCUUUCUUCACAGUCCCAGCAUGAAGUGGGUACAGUUUUCAAGUUUGCACGUUGAUGUUCCCAGGGAUUUGACCAAGCCUACAAUAACUGUUUCUGAUGAACCAGACACAUUAUAUAAACGCCUGUCAGUUUUAGUAAAAGGCCAUGAUAAGGCUGUGUUGGACAGUUAUGAAUAUUUUGCCGUGCUUGCUGCUAAAGAACUUGGUAUCUCCAUUGAAGUACAUGAACCUCCAAGGAAAAUAGAGAGAUUUACUCUUCUCAAAUCAGUGCAUAUUUUCAAGAAGCACAGAGUUCAGUAUGAAAUGAGAACACUUUACAGAUGUUUAGAGCUAAAACAUCUAACUGGAAGCACAGCAGAUGUGUACUUGGAAUACAUUCAGCGAAACUUACCUGAAGGAGUUGCCAUGGAAGUUACAAAGACAAAAUUAGAACGGUUACCAGAACACAUCAAGAAGCCAAUCUGGGAAACGAUGCCAGAGGGAAAAGAAGAAAGCAAGUCAUAAAGUCUCAGAGACUGGUGCGGGCUUUUGAAAUGAGGGCGGGCCAGCCUCGUGGGCUGAAGCAGAGCGUGCUUCCAGUUGGGACGGUUUGAGGCCGUGUGACCGCUCUGUGAGUCCACAUGUCCUGAUCAGUGGGCAGCAGGGGCUGGGGCGUGAAGGACACAGUGGACCAGAGUGCAAGAGCCCCGUCAUCAUUUCAGUUCUGAUAUUAACAAA